AUGAAUCUCCGACGGCAUUCUCUGUAUCUUCCUGACUUCUGGAAACCUACUGACUUUGCGCCGUCUGAGUAUCAAAACUUGGACCAAGGCUUCUCAAGAGAACCACUACCAGUAUCUCGAAGACUUGGCUCUGCUUAUGUGCGAAGUUACUCUCAAAAACCAGAAUCUAGUUUGAAGAGGAGAAUCGCAAGAACUCAAAGUGAAAGAAAACCAGGAAAUGAUAAUGGUUAUCGACCACAAAAAACUGGUUUCGAAAUCCCGAGAAUCCCGGAGCCAUUCGAAAAAGAAGUGAUCUACACAAACCUCCCAGGAAAUGACCAUCAAAAGAAAUGGUCGAUGUCACUGGAAAGAAAACGAAGUCUCAAUUACCACUUACCGUCUGAAUAUGAGAAUUUGUCUCAAUUCGCAUACCGUCCAGAACAUAAAAGUUGCUCAGAUCUCACGCAACCAUUCGAAAUGUACAAACCCACAACUAUUUCAAUCUCAUACCAUAAUCUCAGUCAAGAUCUCGAGUAUGGACCGGGCAUUGUUGAGAAGCUCCGAGCAAAGUUCUCAAAAAUGUCAGGAGCACAAAAGCAACAGGAGAAGAAUUCUACAGCGCAAACCAAGAAGUACAGCUCUUGUGAUGACUUGUUGUCUGAGUCAGAUGCUGUUCAUAACAUCUUGAGAAGCACUCAAGCUCCCGUGGAACUCCAGCGCCGAACAUCUCGAUCUAUAAGUGAUAUGUUGGAAAACGAGGAAAUUGGCAAGCCAUUUGUGUCUCGGAAUGUGGUAUUGAACGAAGAGGAGGAGACAAAGUCAAUUUCUCAACUCCGACGACGAUUCGAGAAAAAUGGAGAGCAAGCAACAAAAAUGAGAUUUGCUAGAGACCCUGCUCAGCUAAUUUCCAAAUUCCAACCCGACCACCUGGACCAAUGGAGAUCGAAUACCGAGUUGAAUAGAACUCCAAUUACCCUCACCAACAGUACUUUCAUUUCACAUUCAAAUAAACCAACACCGGUACAAAAACCAAUUGAAGUUCAAUCCCAAGUUCAGCACAAAACCGCCAAUGUCCUAAAGGUUCUGAAUGACGCCGACAGCAGUAAAGAUGAACCAGAAUUUGUACAAAUUGCACGACGCCUCCGCCGAUUCCAACCAGAGAUCCAUGAUACAUUUGCAUCUGCGAAUGCAAGCACAAAUACAAAUACAACUACAAGCGUUCAUAACAAUAUUGUUAAUAAUAAUAAUAAUAUUCACAUCAAUAGUUCUACAAAAUCAUCAAUUGCCACAUCAUUGCCACCCACGCCUACUUCAGCAGCUCCGGUCCGCCCAGCGACUCUUUCAAUGUGGCAACGUAGACAACCAGAAGUGCCUCAAUAUUCCGAUGCAGCCAAGAUAAUCAGAGAGAAUUGUGACAUUGCGGUUUCUCCACCAGACCCACACUCAGCUAGAGUCUCCAAACAACCAAUACCUUCAAUCGGAAGCGAGAACGGGCGAUCGAAUACGCCGGUGGAGACAAGUCCGCCCCCAGAGGAGCCGAAGGCAAAUGUGUUGGAGAGUUACGCGCAGUUCAGAAAAACAAUUGUCGAUAUUUCUUCUGACAGAACAUCAGCUGUGAAUAGUGUCUUCAAAUACGACAACCCACCACCACCACCACCGUCUCAGGCAAUUAAAAGUCCGAUUACUAACAAUCUUUGGAAGCCAACUAUCAAUAGUCCAUCAAUGUCAUCGGAAUCAACAGUGUCCUCGCCAACUGCUUCAAAACUUCCGUUCCUUUCCCGUAAAGUGGAUGACGUCGGCGCCAAGUCAAUGAUCACUUCGUCAACAGCGAACGUGGUGUCUAUAUCCGUCAAAGCUCCAGUCUCAAACCGGAUUUACUCAAAUUAUGACAAAACGGAGGAGACGACACCAGAAUCGAUGCGAUCUUCGGCGCCACUGAAACCACCAAUAACUUAUUCCCCGUCUUACACAUCAACUUCACUAAAUUCAGUCUCACUUUCCUCGAAAUAUGUUGAAGAAAAAUCGAAAACUUCUCAGCAACAACAUCAGCCAAUAAACUCGAUAGCGCCUUCUAAUUCGCUCUCCGGACUACUUUCUCCACGUGAGAAACCGUACGGAGAUGACGUGACGAUCUUGAAAUCGGAGCCCACUAAUGAGUCCCAAAAGCUCGCUGAACCUUCCGCCACUAACAUUGUUGCUCAAGAGGAUGACUCAGACGACAAUUCAGAUGGAGACAGUCACGAUGGAAACGGCUCCUAUGAUAUCACACCAAUGCGACCAAAUUCUCUUGUGUUCACCCGCCUGGCAAACGAAGAAGAAAUGGGAGGUGAUGGUAACGUAAUCAGCCGCAGUCUUCUAUCUUUGGUUGCCGAAGAAGAUCUGCCAGAUUUCCUCGUUGCUCUCAACGAGAAACCCAUCAGAUACGUUGUCGUAGAAGAGUCGGAGAAACCAAGCACUUCAAGCAUUCUCCGUUCACGAGAUAUCAAAAAAGAAGAGAAAGCUCCAAAGGGAACAACGCGUAUCCGUUUCUGUACAGAAAACCCGAUGGCAUACGCUUACCUCGAUGAGUACACAGCAACCCGAUCACUUCAAUGGGAUGACGGAACAGUCAUAGAAUAUUCAUACUUCAAAGAUUUGGAAGCAGCUGAGGAAGCUGCUGCAUUAUCACAUGGUGAUCCAACACUGGCUCUAAUUGAGCAGUGGGAACAGCAAAUUGCUAAUGAUAAUAUUCGUCCGUUAACCCAUGAUUUGACUUUCUCCGAUAGUCGAAUAGAAACUACCGCUGUGUAA